GUUUCCCGCCCUGCGCGGCUCCUCAGCGCCGCCCGCCAUGUUCGCGGAGCUGAACGAGCUGCUCGGGGCCUCUCCGGAGCGCCCGGACGCGGGUAAAUUUACGCUGCUGCGAGACUCCCGGACAGAUGGCAGCUUCCUGGUGCACCACUUCCUCUCCUUCUACCUCAGAGCUGGCUGCAAGGUUUGCUUUGUGGCCCUGCUCCAGUCCUUCAGCCACUACAACAUCGUGGCGCAGAAACUGGGAGUCAGUCUGGCAGCUGCCAAGGAGCGGGGACAGCUCGUCUUCCUGGAGGGCCUCAAGUCCUGCCUUGACCUCCUGUUUGGGGAGGAGGAGCAGCCAGGACAGCCCAGUCCUCUGCAGUUUCUGAGUGGGAGCACCUCUGACCUCAGAGCCUUGUUUGACUUCGUGCGGGUGUCCCUGACUCCUGCUGAUGGUGAUUCCUGGAAAGGCCCCGUGCUGCUGGUGGACGACCUCAGUGUCCUGCUGAGCCUGGGGGCUGCACCAGUGGCUGUGCUGGACUUCAUCCACUACUGCCGCGUGUCUGUGUGCUGCCAGCUGAAGGGCAACGUCGUGGUGCUGGUUCACAGCAACGAGGAUUCGGAAGAUGAGGAGAAUGAACUGGUUGUGAACUCCCUGUGUCAUCACAGCGACCUCAUCCUGUGGGCAGAGGGGCUGGCCACCGGCUUCUGCAAGGAUGUUCACGGGCAGAUUAAGAUAAUCAAGAGAUUGUCCUUGCGGCAGGCGGCGGAGCAGGAUCUGGUCCAGAUCUACCAGUACAAGAUCCAGGACAGGAACGUCACCUUUUUCGCGCGGGGGCUGUCGGCUGCAGUCCUGUGACACUGUGACAGUGCAGGGUGAGCCUGGGAAUGUCAGUCCCUGCCUCUACAUGAGCACCACCAGCACCUUCCAGGAGCAGCACAGCAAACUGACCCGGGAGGGAAGCUCAGACACACCUGGAAGUGGUGCCAACGAGGGAUCAGCUUGCCCGGGGCCUGCCACAUCCCUUGUCCUCCCACCCCGUUCCCAACACGCUCAGGACAAAAAAGGGAGCAAGAACUUGCAAGAAUGGCCCUCGGAGCAUGUAAAUACAGGCAGGGGGUGCCUGCGAGCUGGGUGUGCCUCGCCUCACCUUUUCCGGUGUGUUCAGCACAGCAUGGCGGUGCCAGGCACUGCACGGAGGGAGCACCCCCUCCCUCCUGCUGGCACGGGAGGAGAUGACACACAGCGGGUGGAGCAGGGAUGGUCUGGGAGCCUGGCGCAAUCCUCUCCUUGCUCCCUGCUCCGGCUGGCAGGAAUUUGCCCAACUCCCCGCUCCCGUUGGUGCCGUUGGUAAAUCUGUAGCUCCGUGUGUAGCCCCUCACCUGGCUGUGCUGAGACCUGGGUGCUGCCGUGGCUUAUCCCCUGCAGCUUCCCAAGCUCAUCCUUGGCUUUGUGGUCGGAUAACCCCCUCUGUGAGCCUC